AUGCUGGACUUCCUCGCCACCUUUAUGAUGAAAGAUCCAUAUUUUGUCUUUGGCCGCGAGCGGUCUGUAGAUUAUGCCUUGCCUUGGUAUUUGGUCGGCUUGUCUCCAUGGCGUCUCGAAGCGUACCGACAGCUGUUUUCCAUCUCGGGUGCAUUCGCGGCUGUGGCAGCGGCGUACAGCCUGACUGACAUGGUCCACUUCUACGCUACACGGUACUGUAACCCCUCCAGAAACAUUCCAUGGAUGUACGCAUCGGCAUUUGGAUCCUUUGGUGAAGUGUUUGACCGCGGCCUUGCAGGAUUUUGGGGCUCUUGGUGGCACCAAACCUUCAGGCAGCAGUUCCUCGGGCCCGCAGCCUUUCUGCUGAAGAAAAGAGUUAUACGUAAAGGCACAGCUGCCGGUAAUCUUGUGGCUCUGCUGAGUUGCUUUGCCAUGUCGGGCCUGCUUCACGGCAUGGGCAGUCUUUCGGCGGUGCCGCACACGAAGCUCUGGAGGCAACCAGUCUUCUUCCUGUUGCAGGGCAUAGGAAUGAUUGUGCAGCAGCAGCUCGCUUUGCUUGUAAAGAGAGUCUUGCCAGCUGCCAGCGUCCCCGUGCGGCGUGCUGGGAAUGCAUUGUUCACAUUGCUGUGGCUUUACGCCACGGCGGCCCUAUUCAACGACGACAUGGCGGACAUGGGCCUGUGGCUGCUGGAGCCUGUGCCCUUCUCCGUAUUUAGGGCUGCGGGAUUUGGCUUCCCAGGCGACGCAAUCUGGCGCUGGGACAGUUCGUACCUUUUCCGAUGGCACUCGGGGCGCUAUUGGUGGCAGAGCGGUAUCACAAUUUAG